GGUUUUACGUCCUUUUGAUCAAAUGAAAAUACUUUCUUAUCACUAGUUUGAAAAAAAUGGAUGAACAAGAAGAAACUUGGUAUGUGGAUGACUAUGAAGAAGAAGAACUACUAGAGGAGGUAGACGAAGAAAAAGGAGACAAUGAUCUGUCGGAAAAUUAUUUAGAUGAUCUAGAAACUAUUGAAGAGGUUGAUGAUUAUGAAGAUGUUUUAUUCGAGAAUGCAUUAUCUAUAAAGUCUUUAUCGUCAGAAAUAUUAUCAUGUACUAUACCAGUUUUAAAACAAGCCCAUUGGUUACUGAUUUUGAUACUUGUUUCAUGUCUUUUAUGGCGUAUCGUACAAUUUUUACUGAACAGAUGUUUGCCUUCAAAUGGGAAAAUUUGCCGCACAUUUGUCACAAUAAUCCUUCAUAUAUUUUCCAUUUGUCUUGGUUUGUUCGUCCUAUAUUAUGCUUCAUAUGAUCUGUGGUGGAUUGUUAUUGGCCUUAUAAUUACCUUAACACUAUUAUUUACCUUAAAUAUUAACUCGGAUAUUGCUGAUUCACAUGGGAAAUAUACUAAUUGGGAAUUAUUUGUAACAAUUGGAAUUUGUUCAUCUGUUCAAUUAUACUGCGAGUUUUACAAAAAUCCUGUUAAAUGGCAUCAAAUUCGUGGCAGUAUAAUGAUAAUUAUUAUGAAAUGUAUAUCUUUUUCUAUGGAAAAUAAAAAUUUUUAUAAAACGAUCAAUAAAGAGCCUUGCUGCAUACUACUGUGGACACCAUUAUAUCGUGGAUUACUUUGGUUGUCUUAUUGUCUAUGUCCAGCUAGUUUAUUGUUUGGUCCAUGGUUUAAUCCAUUAAGAUAUGAAGAAAUGAUUAGAAACUAUGCUGUUAAUGAUAGAUCUUUUUCUUUAAAAUAUACUAUGAUUUCACUUUUUCAGACAGUUAAAUUAUUUGGGCUAUCUUUGUUAUAUUUAACUUAUUCAACUUGUUUCACUCAUACACUAGCUAUGAUAUUGAAAUUUCAACCUUGGCUUCAUGCUUAUUUUGCAUCACAAAGUUUCCGUUUCAGUCAUUAUUUCGUAUGUAUAUCAAGUGAAUCUUUCAUGACAGCUUUAGGAUAUUGUGAUAAGUAUUCAAUAAAAUCAAACAAACAAGAAAAUACUAAAGAGAAGAACAAUUCAAAAGAUGUAUACAAACCUAUUGUGGUAACUCGUCCAUUGUUCAUUGAACUUCCUCGAUCGUUAGUUGAAGUUGUUAUUUACUGGAAUUUACCAAUGCAUAGCUGGUUAAAACAAUAUGUAUACAAGCCGUUACGUCCAUAUGGACAUGUGUAUGCUAUAUUGGGAACCUAUACAGCUAGUUCGUUAUUACAUGGUUUGAAUUUUCAACUUAGCGCUGUUUUAUUCUCUAUUGGAAUCUAUGCAUAUAUUGAAUAUGUCUUUCGGGAAAAAUUGGCCAAGAUUCUAGAUGCAUGUAUUGCCAGUCGUCCAUGUCCUGAAUCCUGUUGUCAUAGUAACAAGAAUUCAUUCUGGGUAUGCUGGUGUAAUGUAGCCUUCAGUUGUUUGGCUAUAUUUCAUUUGGCUUAUUUAGCUGUAAUGUUUGAUACGAGUGAACAGCAAUUUAAGGGCUAUAAUAUGUGGCAUACUAUGGAUAAAUGGUACAAUUUAGGAUUUCUCAGUCAUAUUGUAGCCUUUGCAAAUUUCUUAUUUUAUUUAUAUUUAUAAAUAAAUAUUGAAUCAGCUAUGUAUUUGUUUGUAGGGAAUAAAACAAUUUAUCCAUCACAACUAAACGAAUGCAAAAUGCAUUUUCUUAAAGCUCACUCAGCAUGUAUUUCUAAUAAUAAUGAAGUGAAAGUUUAUUUUGCUUUCAAGUAUAAACAACAAAGAAAGGUAUAAUAAUACUGUUGAUGAGUUUUGUACAUGUACAUGAUCUUUCAUGAAGUUAGGUUUUUUAAAUCACAUAAAUUUUUUUCUCUCUAACAUUCGUUUAAUUGGAGAAUUGUUAUUUAAAUUAUGUUCUCAAACCAUGACUACUGUUUGCCUUGGUUUUAUUUUUGCUGAGAAAUGUUUUAUCAGCUAAUCAAAAUGGAGUCAUGUUCAUGGGAAUCGAAUAAUAUCUUCUAAUGUAACAAUUAUCGAUUCAGGAAACUACUUUUGGAAAAAGAAGCUCUGAAUAACCUUCCUAAAAUAAGCUUGGAAGUUCAUGCAUUAUUGUAUUACCUCAAAAGAAUCCCAUUCAAAAUAUCCAAAAAAUAUCUUUACCACUUAUUAGUUUUAGUAUGUAGAGGGCUUAAACAUCUACCGCCUGCUGGAUCUUAAAAGUCUACUAAUCUUCGCCGUAGAGGCUUUAUCUUCAAACUUAAUUUGCAUACAUAAUGUAGGGGUAUAUAUAAGGUUAAAUGUGAUUUUGAGACUCUAGGAACCUCUAAUAACUAAUAGUGAACUCAACAACUGACCAAUUAGGUUAAUAAAAACAGGAUAAGUUGUUUACUAGAUUUCUCUUAAAAGUUUUUAAAGACCACUCCUUAUUCAUAGUAUUUUUAUCACUUGCCUGACUACUACAGACAGUUUCGAGGAAUUAUCAAGGUCUCCUAACACGUUUACCAGAUUUUUCAGUUAAGAUUAUCAUUAUCUAUUAGUAAUAUAAAUCCUUUUUUGUCCACUUCAAUCUGGAAAGUUCUCUAGCUACAGUAGCUUUUACACAUUAGUUCAAUCGAAGGGAUUUAUAUUUGGCUAUCUGGUACAUUUACGAAGAGAAUAACUAGAUAUUUAAAAUCACA